AGCGGAACUGAGCAAAAACGCUCAGUUUGUCACUAGUGAUGGCGGAUGGGGUUGAGAUAGACACCAUGAUGAAUUACCACGGAGCCUUUGACAAAAUAGACCCGGACAUGUGCCGAUAUCCCUACUGUAUCGUGUGGACGCCUAUCCCGGUGCUUUCGUGGCUGCUGCCCUUCAUCGGCCACAUGGGCAUCUGCACGUCCUCCGGAGUGAUCCGAGACUUCGCUGGGCCGUACUUCGUCUCAGAAGACAACAUGGCGUUCGGCCGGCCGACAAAGUACUGGAAGCUGGACAUCAGUAAGGUGUACGGGAGUGGCUCUAACGCCUGGGACACGGCCGUGCACGACGCAUCAGAGGAGUACAAACACAGGAUGCACAACCUGUGCUGUGAUAACUGUCACUCACACGUCGCCAUGGCGCUGAACCUCAUGCGCUAUGACAACAGCAGCUCCUGGAACAUGGUGAACCUGUGCCUGCUGUCUCUCAUCCACAGCAAGCACGUCAGUUGCGCAGGGUUCCUGAAGACCUGGUUGCCCUUCCUCCUCCUGACUGGAGUCAUCCUCACUGUCGCCCUCGCCAUCAACCUGCGGUGACCGAGAGAAAGUGUGAGCAGGAGAAGAGGAGAGGAGGAGAGGAGAGGAGAGGAGAGGAGAGGAGAGACAUGGAGAGUGAUGCUGGGACCACAAAUCCAGACGCAGUAAAAACUCACUUUCGACCUUUGACCGUUGACCUUCGACCUUCUGCAGGCCAGGCAGGGAAGAAGCCUGCAGAGCUGCUGCACUCUGAUUGGACAGAGCCUCUGUGCUCUGAUUGGACCGAGGCUUCACUGGGGUUCUGUACAUGGUGCCUGAAGUUCUGUCCUGCUUUUCUUUAAAAGAGACCCACAGCCUGUCAGACAGAGGCACUCCUCACUGUGCUGUUUCAGCUCCAGUGUGAGUGAGUGAGUGUGAGUGUGUGUGAGUGAGUGUGUGAGUGUGUGAG